CACUUGCAGGAAGGUGAGACGUCAUUUAAAAAAAGAAUAUGGAUUGAAAAGUCUUCUCUGCCACUCUUUCUUUGUGUCUAAACUAAAGGCACUUGACAAUUAACUGUGAGGUGUGAGACUCUUCUGGUUGGCUCUUCUCAGUUAAAGCUACUCUGUAACACUAGACUUGCAGGCAGAUGAGACUACAUGAUUUUAGACUCCAACACUGUUUAUGAUGGACUAAGGAUCUCCUCUUUUUGCCCCUUCUGCUUUUGCAUUCGUUUGAGGCUAUCACAUGGUAAACAGAACCCAAAUGGCUUGACAUGGAUCAACGUGGGGGUGUUUGGCUUGCAGGGAGCAGAACGAAUAUGCUAAACUUAUUUCAGCUCCAUCUCAUCUCUGGGCUUUUCAUGAGUGUCUGUGACACAUCUUUUGGUAAAAGCUACCAUGUUCGAGAGUUGACAGUCACAGGAAAAGACCUGAGGAAAUGUGAGUUUUCAGACAACUAUUGUGUAAUGGACCCAAGUGACUGCAGUUUGAUAAAGGCCGCACCCAGUGGACUAGUUGCAGACACAAUUGAAGACUUCAAAUGCCUUUUCUCUAAUGGUCAAACUACAAAAUCUCUCACAUGCCUGUGGAAAACAAAGAACGAUGACAAUGCCAGAGAGACUAAGACCUCAUUAAUAUUGAGCAGCAUGCAAGGCUUUCGAGACUGUCAAUAUGUGCUAUUUAUUGGCUCCAAUCUGAACAUCACUUUGAAGAUGCAGGACAUCAUCACCAAAAAGGAAUCACUCUCUGGACCCUUCUUUCAAUCUUUGAGAGAAAUAGUCAAACCAUCCCCUCCAGUUGAUAUAGGAGUUGUGACAUCACCACAUUCCCUAAACGUGACCUGGACAAAAGAGCCAAAGAUAGUAGGAUGCAAAAUUCGUUACAAAGCCAAUGAUGUUGACGGCUGGACUGAGGUACCUCUUGAAGCCCCAGCUAACACAGCUAACAAAAAGAAAUGGACGUACAUGAUUGAUAACCUUCAGGCCUUUACGCUGUAUACGCUCAGCAUUUCCUGUGUAACCGAGUACAAGCACUGGAGUGACUGGAGUCAGGCAUGGUCUGGAAUGACUCCGGCGUCUGCUCCAAGCCCUCCCUCUAGAGUCUGCUAUCACGUUGAAGAUUCCAGCUCAUAUAGGAUCUUUCUGCUGUGGGUAAUGCCUUCGGAGAGAACCAUUGGCAGCACCAUUCUUGGCUACAGAGUGGCCGUUUCUGGCAAUCAUCCAUACCAGAGCCCAAACAUAACCUCCACCACUGCCCGUAAACUGACCCUGGAAGUAAUAAAAGCAGCACAGGACAUCAGCAUUACUGCGUACAACGCCGUUGGAGAGUCUCCACCAUACCGGUUGAGGGUUUCUGCAGGAGAACCUGCUUCUAGUGAGUGUGAUCUGACGCCAGUUCGAAGCUUGUGGGUGUAUUCCAAAGGUGACAGACUGUGGGUGGAGUGGUAUGUGGAUCCAGAAGUGCAGGUGUCUGAGUUUGCCGUAGAGUGUGUGGCUGUAGCAGACCCUGACAGCGUCCACUGGACAUGGGUGGAGGGCUCUGGCCACGUCCUUACCUCCCUAACAGGUGAUUUUGAACCUAUGCAGACAUACGUCAUCAACGUCUACCCUAUUUCCGGGACACACUGUGGCCUGCCCAGCUCCCUGCAAGCCAGCCCACAGAAUGGUGCACUGGUAGACGUGGUGGAUAUGAGGGUUGCCAUGGUGACUGAGGAGCGCGUCAGCGUGGUCUGGCGGUGGCAGAGGAAGCAGCAUGACACCGGCAUCCUGAGGUACAGCCUGGUGCUCAGCAGCGAGGGCCAUGAUCGGGCCAUUAUGAUCACUCCAGACAUGAAGAGCCACCUGUUCCACUCUCUGAGACCUAAUACUGAGUACUCUGUCCACGUGUCUGCUCAGACCCUGAGCGGGAAUAUUUCCACUUACAAGCAAGACUUCAAUACACCACUAGCUGACCGGCAGGAAGUGACUUCUUUAAGGGUAAUUGCGAUUGUUCUCAUCCUCAUCCUCAUCACUGCAACUGGCGUUGUUUCAAUCACAUGUCGAGUUGUCUACAGAAAAUACAUCAUCCUGAGGGCUGCAGAUCCACAAAAAAGUCUGGUUGGGCAAUGGCUUAUGAGUUUUGACAUGACAGGUGGUGAGCAGCGGGUGCUGAAGGUGGAGGACCUCAGUCUCUCUCAGGCCAAUAAUAACAACAUACAGAUCGAGAAGAUGCUCCUCAUGCUUCCAUACAGCCCAGGAGACGCCAGCACAACACACCAAGACACCACCACUGGGAUCAUGAGCUCAAAAAAUGGCAGCCGUCAAAGGUGUGUGGAGUUUAAAGGGAGUGACACGUCUUUAAGAUUUAUUAAACCUCAAAGGGGAACAUCUCUCCAUCCUAGCAGUGCAGGAGACGUUCACAAUGUUCCUUCAUCAGAAAACAGUGGAUGUGGUCAUCAGAGUCAUUUCGAUAAGGCGGGUGAUGAUGUUAACGAAACUCAAAAAUCACCUCAUUUUACAACUAACACAGAUUACGUUACAAGCUUUCCUGCCUUGGCCGAAGAACUCUUUGUCGAUAUCUCCACUAACAUAUCAUCAGAUCGUCUUCCUGAAAAUAAUAUCGUGAGCAUUCCACAACAUUUCGAAUCAGGUUAUGUCCGUGAUAUUCCGACAGACACAGUGCUUUCAGGGAUUCUUCCCAACCAGUCCACUGGGCUCAGCAAUGUCAGUCAUUCACGUCAGGUUGACACAGAUUAGUAGCCUACAUGGACUCAAUUAGUACAUUAUUGCUCAAUUCAACAUUUCUUCUUAUUAAUUCAAGUCAUCCGUGAUUUAUUUUGGUUCAGAUAUGUUUUAUCCUUUACCUGACGUUUUGCUGGUCUAACUUCUCCUAGUGUUGCGUAUCAUGGACGGGUAUUGCAGGUCUCCUUAAAUAUCAAGUCAAAAACUUUUUUCACAGAGUGCCAUAUCUACCAUCUACAUCAGGGGUAUUCAAUUAAAUGUCAACGAGGACCAGUUUUUUUAGAUUCCUCCCAGUAAAGGAGCCUAAAUUUACGUAUGUAUUAUGGUUGCUGACUGUCAAUAGAAAAAAUACAAGACACUUCAUUGAGGUGCGGGGUCUGGGGGUCCUCCCCCAGAA